GCCUCUUCUCUCUUCGUUCAUUGAGCCCACUGAUAAAUUCAAUAAUACAAUACUAUGCUUUUGAUUGAUUACAGACUGUCUAUUCCCUGUUUAUGAGUGGAGAACUCCUUUUUUAGCUUUAAUUUUUCGCCAUUAGAGAUUGUAUAAAUGGCAACUGCAGAAGCAAUACCGAAGGAAGUUGUUACUGCGAAACCUGAAGCUACGGCGGAGCCACCACUUGCGUCGGCGGCGAUGGAGAAGCCAAGCAGUGUGUCGGAGGAUAAAUCUGUUAUUCCGGUGCCUUACGAGAAAGUCGAUGAUUCCAAAGCUCUAGCCAUCUCCGAAAAGGCUCCAGAACCUUUACUGAAGAAAAGCUCGAAAGGAUCCCUCGGCAGAGAUAUCGCUCUCGCUAAGCUUGAAGAUGAUAAGAGAUUGUCAUUUAUCAAGGCAUGGGAGGAAAGUGAGAAAAGCAAAGUGGAGAAUAAGGCACAAAAGAAGCUGUCUGAGGUUUCAUCAUGGGAAAACAGCAAAAAAGCAGCUCUUGAAGCCCAACUAAAGCAAACUGAGGAACAAUUGGAGAAGAAGAAAGCUGAUUAUGCAGAAAAAAUGAGAAACAAAGUAGCUCUCGUUCACAAGCAAGCAGAAGAAAAGAGGGCUAUGGUUACAGCUCAACAAGGCGAAGAAAUUCUCAAAGCAGAGGAGAUGGCGGCAAAAUUUCGUGCAACGGGGCAUGCUCCUACAAAGGUUUGUGGGUGCAUCGGAGGUUAAACUUCUCUCAUUUGGUAAUCAAAGAUCUGGGAUAUUGGCAUGUCUUCCAUGUAAAGUGUGUUUCUCUGUUAUUUUUGUGUUUAACAGAUUCAGGAUAUGACUUGAAUUUGUUUUUUGUGUGAUCUUGUAUAGUAAGAGUACUUUUGGCUUGUGGUAAAACAAGUUAAGUUGUUUAUUACUUAUGUCAAAAAGUUCUCGUCUCUAUUCGAGAUUUUUACUUAUUUAUGUUUACAUAUUCAAGUAUAGAACAUAUUGCUCGUCCCGGUGUAGCACCAUGGACAGUGCUUCUCUGCUAAAAAUUUAAGCUAUUAAAGAUUCGAGGUUUUUAUUCA